UUAAAACUCUAUUGUCUAUGAAAUUAUAUUAACAAAAUAUGGCGGCUGUUGCUGCAACAGCCGAUAUGACUAUUCAAAAGAAUUCACAAAUAUUAGUGCAUGUCGAGGAAGCGUUGGCUGAUUUAAUAGUGGUUUCCUACAGUUCUGAAAAUAAGAAAUUUCAAGGUGUACUUUUGGACUCUAACAAAGGUAAUUUGCCUUUUGGAGUAUACAGUCUCAACCCAGCGUUUUCCAAAUCAACUCCAUCCACCGAUAAUACCGAUGAUAAGCUACAUUCCGCUAGUCAAAGAUUCACAUACCAAGAGCCUCAGUAUGCGACCGAAAACCCGAACAAGCCUAAAAAGAAUGGAUCCAAGGCUAAACCGCAGCAAAAGCAAAAGAUGACGGUGCGAUUGAGACCGCGGAAGGUCUUGUGCUCCAAUUGUAAAGGCAUCUGUAAUGAGAACAGCGAAAACGUGGACGUGUCUAAGAAACGGAAGCUCGACUCCGAUGACGACACUGCCCACGAUAACAUCGAACCAUCAAAUUCCAGGAAAAAGUAUCUCGAAGGCAACUCUCUAAUACCAAGAAUAUCGCGUCUGCAGCCGAGUGAGAUUUCUAACGCCAUGAAAGGGUCCUCUAAAAACUCUAAUAAGAGUAGUGAAAAGUCAAGUGUCAAGGUCGAAAGUUCACUUUAUAGCCCUACAAAAGAAAUGGCGUUUGUUAGCGUAUCCAGUGACAGUGAGAAAGAUCCUAAGGAUAAUGAUCCUUCAUUCACAUCCAUGUUCCAGAGUGCAAGAACAUUAAAAAUAUGUUUUGGUGAAGGUGAAGGCACUGUAGUCAAAAUACCGCCCAUAACAGGAGACUACAAUGAGGACUCUGGUGUGUCAUGUGACAUGGGUAAACCUACCAAACCAGAUUUAAAGGCUGCGAAAAAAGCAUUGAAAAAAGCUAAAAAACAAGCCAAGAAAAACACCAUUACAAUCAAGACAGUGGUACGGAGUUCAUCUAAACAUAUUGGAGCUCUGUCUCCCCGUAACAAUGUUUCCAAUAGCCCUCAUCCUGCUGUGGAUCCCCUAGAAAAGAAACAAAAACACAAGGCAAAACAUAAAAAGAAACACAAGUUCCAAAAGACCCGGGAUGAAAAUGUUACUGAAAGUGAGUCUAUUAAUUACUUUAGUGAUAUUAAAGAGCACUGCCUAAAACAGAAGCUGUCUAUAAGUCUGAGGAGGUUGAGUAGUAAUUCUUACGAGAGGCGGAAUGAGCAGGACGUUGCAGAGAGUGGUUCAGACGAUUGGGAAAGCGAUUUGGUACCGAAUUUCCCGGCUACAGAGAUGGAAGGUGCCGGGGGGAGAUUUGUGGGUGUAGCGCCUGGUGAUAUAGUCUGGGGUAAAGUGGUAGGGUUUCCAUGGUGGCCCGGGAGAGUGCUAAGCGUAACACCAACAGCUAGAGCCCAUGUUGCAUGGUUUGCUUCAACCACAUCAUCACUAAUGCCAUGUGACAGUUUGAGUCCAUUUUUAGAGGAUUUCAAGAUGCGUUUCAACAAAAAAAAGAGAGGAGCUUACAAAGAGGCUGUAAAAAUGGCUACAAUAGAAGCAAAGAUGAAUGAAUCUCUAACACAGGACCCUCUAGCGAGCCCCACGCAGUCCAACCUAGUAAACCAAUCACCAAGGCCUAUAGAUGUUUUCUCGUAAAUUUGUGAUGGUAUGGUGUACUGCCAAAAUUCAAUGUAUGUGAUAUUUUUUAUUGUACUGCACAAAAUUGGUAUAUUGUAAGUUUGACUGCGGAAAUGUAAAUACUGUUCUGGUCUUUUCGAACUAUCAGGCCUAUUUCACUAACUUGACACCUGACAAUGACCAUUACCUGUACAUUUCUGGGUCAGUAAGUAACUUACAUAGCAUUUAUGUUAACUUGUUGAACCAGCAAUGUAUGGUGAAUUGUCAAUGGCAGUGUGGUGAAACAGUGGCCAGGUUUUUCUUUGAUGUAUCGUUUUGAAAGCUGUUUAUGUUUCAAUCUAAAAAAACAUACUGUUAGGAAGAUUAAGUUAAAAUUUUCCUAAGUUUCCUAAAUUUUCCUACUUAGAAUUUUACUUAGGGAAAUUUAAAGUUUGAAUCCAGCGGCCAUUAUGCCCGGCGCAUCAUUGUGAACCUUUUCUAAAUGCACGAAGGUUGACAUUAGGUUGUAGCUGCGCGCGUCAUUUCACGUCUCUGUCCGUCAAAGGGUUAAGCUGUUUUAAUGGCAUUGCUAUUUCAUUACCAUGCAAUAAUGUGCUUUUCAAUG